AUGAAUUGCAAGGCUACAUUUAGCCGCAGGACCCGUAAUAAUAUGGAUACACCACCCAACAUCCUUUUGAUGCCAAUUUUGAUUCGCCAUACCAGUAUGGCAUCAAUGCAACUAUCUGAUGCCGAUAUUCCCAGCUGUGCUGGGAAAACCGUGGUGAUCACAGCGCCCUGGCAGCUCAUUGGACUCAUGCGUGCUCUUCGGGCAACACUUCCACUGGACAACAUCACAAUCAACACUGUUGCUCCAGCGGCAACGCUGACGGGGCUUAUCCCACCCGAACUAGCCAAACCUAUUAUUGCCAUGGGUCUUCCGACAAGCUCUGCGGACUUCGUUGGUCUUGCUGUAGCAUACUCCGCAGUGGCCCUCGAGACACGACAGGUUGAGCUAUAUGGAAAAGACCCCGAUACCGCUACUGUAGAAUGCAAAGGCCGUUGGAACGGCCGCACGAUUCUGACACUGGGUGACCGGUACACUGAGCUUGAGCAGGCUAUCUCCGACCUUCGUCCCCAAUGGUUUGGUGUAGACAACGCUACAUUGACAAGAAUGCAACAGAAGGCAACAGAUUUUAGAUAG